AGAGUCUUGCAAGCCAGACAGGAGAAAUUAUGUUAAUAAUAAUAAUAUAAUAAUAUUAAUUAUUAUUAUUAAUUAUAACUUUUAUUUAUACAAAUUAUUGUCUUUAUUAACUUAUUAAUUAUAUAUUUUUUAAAACGUCUAUCCGCUUGCCGAUACAACUUUAUCAAUUUCAAAAUUUCUUAUUACUUUUAGUUUUAUUAUUAAAAAAUUAUAAAAUUUUAUCGUAAAUGUAUUUGUUAUUAUAAUUAAAUCAUAAUUAAUUAACAAAUCAAUCAGUUAUUUAACUAAUUAAUUAAUUUUAUUAUCACCUACCUACACAUAAAAUUAGAUCAAAACCAUGGAUGACGACGUGGAAACCAGACGAGCAGAGUGCCGACUUGUAUUCGAUCUCUUUGAUAGGAACGGCAAUGGCUACAUAGAGGUGCACGAAUUGGCGGAUGGCCUGAGGGCCAUGGGUUCGAAUCCGACCGAAGACGAGGUAGAAGAAAUGAUUCAGGAAGGAGAUAGUAAAAGAAAUGAAGAUGGGAAGUUAAGUUUCAACGAAUUUUUCCAGCUAAUGGAAAAAUAUAGAAAGUCCGCGGAGCAAGAGAGAGAGGCGCUAACCGAUGCAUUCAGAUGUUUUGACAGAAAUGGAGAUGGAAGGAUUGACAAGAGAGAAUUGAGAAUGGCUCUGACUGAAAUGGGAAUGAGCAAGUUAUCGAAGGAUGAGGUGGACGAUCUCUUCAACGAAGCCGACACCGACGAUAACGGAUACAUUGAUUACAGAGAACUGGUGAAUCUGAUUACGAAUUAGGGAAGAUGUUGAUUUGAUCCUCAUCAACGAAGAUGCACGAAACAGAAAUAUUAUUAAUGUCGUAAAUAAUAUUCUAUACAAUUAAUUAUAGACAAUUUUUAAUAACUAUAAUUAAAAAUUUCAUAACCCGUCACAUUAAAUUUACACCAAAUUAUCAGUUUAACAAUAAAUAAAUAAACAAAACAACUAAUUAAUUAAUUGACUGAUUGAUUAAUUGAUAAAAGCAAGCCAUGCAAAUUUGUGAA